AUGGAAGCGAGCACUGUGGAAACUGCUGCACUUCAUGAACCAUCUUCAGCUUUUGAUCCGGAUCGUGAAAUGAAGGAUCGUAAAUUGGCUCAGAUAUUCAAAAAAUUGCACAUGGAACAGGAUUUAAAUACGCUGUUGGAUCUUGAUGACACUGUUCCUCGCCCAUCAAAAGUUGCAUUAAAUCAUGUAGAAGAACUGAAUACGGACAAAGUUGAGCGUUGUCGGCCGCGUAAAAUACUCGAUUACGCUGUACUGGCCAAAGGACAAGGCUAUCGUAAUAAUCUUGUGGGAUCUUUUGCAAGCAGCUAUUUAGAGACAGGUGGCUCCAGUAAAAGUGGUGCUGGCUCCAAACGAAUACGCUUCCAAAAAGAUCAGUUUGAUGAUAACAUCCCAACGUUCAAUGUCAAACGGCGUUCGCGAUGUGUCCGUUAUGCGUCUGCCCCCAAAAAGAAUAGCAGAUCGCGCCGCUUAACAUUUGAACCGGCAGCAAAUGGUGCCAAGAAAAAGGAAGCAUCAAGAUCACGAAGUUUUGCUUGUGCAACGAAAGGGGGUAUCCUAAAAAGGCGCGUGAAAGAUGCGGACAAUAUCAAGCAAGCAUUUCUUAUUUCAAAAAAAGUAUUAGAUGCUCAAAAUCAGCAUUUUAAAGAAUUCAUGCUUCCUGAAAAGUGGAUCAAAGAAUCAGGGAAAAGAAAAAAAGUGAAGAAAAUGAAAUCUGGAAGAGAAGAGAGUACCAGCAGUGCAUCUGUUGAGGAUUUGGCAAUGGAGCGCCUCGUAAGGGCAUUCAAAACCGCAAAACUUUUAUAUCCCGAAAAAUUUGCUGAGUAUUUUCCAGAUUUCAUGCAUUGUUUUGAUUCAAAUGAUAGCAAAGAAAAGCGAAGUAAAAAAAAUGGUGUUAUGUCGAAACAAGCGCAUCUUAAAACUAUCAAAAGUGAAGAUGCUAUGACGCUCGACAGAAAUAUUGCAUCGGAUUCUGGCGAUGACCUACCAAAAAGAAUUCGUAAGAUGCCGAAAAAUUUGCGAGAAUACUCAACAGAUGUUGAAAUAGCGAGGAAAAAGCUGGUUGGUUUGAAGGAGCAGAUCCCAUCAGUGACACAGAAGAUUCCGCGUAUUCGUGGUCCUUCAGCGGGCACUUCGGGACUUCGUAAGCGAUCCAAAACAUCAACAGAUUUAUCGCCGAAUCAAUCGUUACUUUUUAAAUCUCAGCAAAAUGAAAAAGCAGAAAACACCAAAGAAGUGGGAGAUUCGGAAGGAAUGGGCAGAGUUCCGACACUAAAGACGCGUAGGCGUGCUAAGAGUGGUUUUCGUUCCAGUCUGACGUUGAAAGCUACCAACGUUAAUGCUGCUGUUAUCCAAAACAACAUUGAGGAUAGUGCAGCGGAAUCUUCAUCUGAUGAAUCAGGCAACAUGCGUUCGUCAAAGAGACAACGGGCUCAAAGUGGCUUCUAUAAAACGAUGGUGACAUUGUACGAUAAAAAACGUUCAUAA